AUGGGUUUACUAACUGAAGGACAUCCAUUAAGUUGGGAGGAAACAAAAAAAUAUGCGCAGUUUAUACGUGAACAUGGUAUCGAACAGUUUAUACAUACUUAUAAUAAACUUAAAGAUCGUCGAAAUGAUUGUCUUAAAUGGGGUGAUGAAGUUGAAUAUAUUAUGGUUCGUUUUGAUCAUGAAAAUAAAAAAGUUCAACUUGUUCUUAAAGCUCAUGACAUUUUACCUACUCUGAUGGAGCCUGAACAUACGAAUCCUGAUGAUUGUUCUUCAUUAUGGCGACCAGAGUAUGCAGAUUAUAUGAUUGAAGGUACACCAGGCCAACCCUACGGGCAUUUACCUGUACACUUUAAUAUGGUUGAAGCAAAUAUGCGUUUACGCCGACAACAAGGUCAAGAAUUACUUGGUAAAGAUGAAUAUGUUCUGAGCACUUCAAAUUUUCCGAGAAAUGGAUGUAUUGAUUUUACUUAUCCUACUCAUAAAACAACACCAAGUACAUCAGCAUCUGCUUCACUAUUCUUUCCUGAUGAAGUUAUCUAUCCAGAACAUCCACGUUUUAAAACAUUAACAAGAAAUAUUCGUAUGCGACGUCAAUCGAAAGUUGCUAUUCAUGUUCCUCUUUUUAUUGAUGAAAAAACUCCUCGACCAUUCGUUGAAGAUUUAUCAAUAUAUGGCGAUGCUGGUGAUGCUUAUAAGUCAGAGGCUGUUGAAGAUAGUAUUUAUCUCGAUGCAAUGGGAUUAGGUAUGGGUUGUUGCUGUUUACAAGUUACUUUUCAAGCACAAUCAAUUGAUGAAGCACGAUUUCUAUAUGAUCAAUUGACUCCAUUAACACCCAUUGUGUUAGCAUUAACUGCUGCAUCGCCCAUAUGGCGUGGAUAUUUAGCUGAUGUUGAUUGUCGAUGGAAUGUUUUAUGCGCUAUGGUAGAUGAUCGAACUCCUGAAGAACGAGGAUUAGAACCAUUAAAAAAUGAACGAUUUCAUAUACCUAAAUCUCGUUAUUCAAGUGUUGAUUGUUAUAUUUCGCCAGAUAGUGCCAUGUAUAAUGAUACUGAAGUUAUUCAAGAUGCAGAUUGUUUUCAUAAACUCACUGAAAAUGGUAUUGAUCCUAUGUUAGCUCAACAUGUCGCUCAUUUAUUUAUUCGGGAUACAGUUUCUUUAUUUAAAGAAAAAAUUCAUUUAGAUGAUACACAAGAUACAGAUCAUUUUGAGAACAUUAAUUCAACUAAUUGGCAAUCAAUGCGAUUUAAACCACCACCAGUUAAUAGUAAUAUCGGUUGGCGUGUAGAAUUUCGACCAUCAGAAUUACAAAUGACUGAUUUUGAAAAUGCUGCAUUAGUUACAUUCAUUGUGUUAUUAACUCGAGCAAUUAUGACAUAUAAUUUAAAUUUACUUAUUCCUAUUUCAAAUGUUGAUGAAAAUAUGCAAUCAGCACAAAAGCGUGAUGCAGUUCGGCAUGAAAAAUUUCAUUUUCGAAAAUGUCUUUCGACUAUGAAAACACCUGAAACACCAUGUAUGGCAUCAGUUCAAAAAUCAUUCUUUCAAGACAAUGAAUGUGAACAUCGUCUCAUGACAAUCAAUGAGAUUAUUAAUGGAUCUAAUGAAUUUGUUGGUCUUUUAAGAAUUAUUCAAGAUUAUUUAUCUAAUCUUGAAGUUGAUGCUGAUACACGAUGUACUAUUAAUCAAUACUUGAAUUUAAUUAGUAAACGUGCAGCUGGUACAUUAAUGACAAAUGCAGCUUGGAUGAGAAAUAUUGUUACACGUCAUCCAGCAUAUAAACAUGAUUCAGUUGUUAGUGAUGAAAUAGCAUAUGAUUUAUUAUGGAAAAUGACAAAAAUCUCAACCGGUGAAGAAGAAUGUCCAACAGUAUUACCUCGUAUGUCAUCAAAAACAACGCUUGAUAUCUCAGCUGCACUCGAAAAAGAAAAUAAUCAAUUGGAAGUAAAACGAUCUUUAAUAAAUCAACAAAAUCAACAAGAAUAA